AUGGAUGAAUUUCAGCAAGGAGAUCCCUACUAUCAGGCCUUGGUGGCCGACGGAUGGAUAGAAGAAGUAGGACCAGAAGAAUAUUACAAAACAAACUAUAAGGUGGUAGAAUCUGAUAAGGAGUCCGAUGGGGUAGAAAUCAUUGGAGAAAUCCCUAUGGGACCCCAUCCUUCGGAAGCAAUACCAACUCAGCACACAAUUCAGGAAGACUCCACCGACGGACUACGCCUCUUGGGGGAGGAGGUAGCCACCCAUAGGCAGCAACUAUUUGCGGCUGAAGCUAGAGUCGUACAAUCAGAACAGAUAAAUGAAAAGAUCACUCGGGAGAUGAGUGAUUUGGCUGACCAUGUGGCAUGA